AUAGGUGUGGUUGUGGUGUAAGAGUAAAGCAUAAAGAAAGGAGUAAUGAUAUUGAUUUAUGCGACUCCAUAUUUCGUUUGCUCACCCGUGAUGGACGGAGAUAACAUAGCAACAGUCCAGAGAGAAGGGGGUUAAACAAUGCGUGUUUGAUUUUUUGUCAAAGCUAAAUAGCUUUUCAUUGGUUUGGGGGUAAGACAGGUUGGGAUUGACAAUGAAUUCUUGCUGUCAAAUUUAUUUAAUUUGAGAGAGGCCUGGCCAUGCAAGCGACAUUUUGACCAUCUCAGUCUCUUGGUGUUAGCCACUUCGGAAUAAGCUGAGCGAUUUUAUUCCAGUAUCUUGACUUCAUCACGAAUCCAUCCAUAUAUCAAUGAGCUUCAUCAAUGAUUAUUAGAAUCACCUUGACAAAGCCCCCGUUUCAGGUAUUGGAGCAAACCAUUGGAAAAGUUAAACCCCUUGCUGCUUCUACUUAGAAACCUUUAAUAUAUUUCCAUCGAGUAAAUUGAAGAACAAGAUACCUGACACCUCUACACAAACACAGACUAGACGGAUGAGCCAGAAUGGAAACACAGUCCCCAACGGCAAUCACUGAUUUUGCCGUGUAUGGUUCAUCAGUUGCCUCUCUGAAUGAUACGACGCGAUCUGAUUGGCUGUGGACUCCGAUCACGUGGUCAUAUUGGAUAAGCAUUCAACUCGUGGUGGCGUGCCUAGGUCUCGGCGGCAAUCUUUUGGUCCUGCUCGUCCUGUUCCAUAGGCGAUCGUUCAAGAAGCCCACCGAUAUCCUCAUCGGUGGACUAGCAGCUGCUGAUUUCAUCACGUCCAUCUUCAUGAUCCCUCAGCCGAAGCUGUCUGGGGCGCCGGACACAGCCCUCGGUAACGUCGCGUGUAAGCUAGUCUAUUCCUCCAUAUUCCUCUGGAUAUCGAUCAGUUCAUCGGUAUUCACCCUUACCGCUAUCGCUAUCGAACGAUAUAUCGCGGUGAUCUAUCCCGUGAAGUUCAAGGUAUGGGUCACGCCAAAGCGGCUGGUCUAUUGGUUUUCGGCGAUCUGGUUACUGUCCUUUGCGAUAAACUCCCGCACAUUCGGGACUACGUGGGUCGAUAGCACAACAGGAAAAUGCAGGGUGGUGUAUCGCCACUAUUCUAUUCAGAUCGUCUUAGGUAUUGUCGUGUUCUUGAUCAGGUUCAUAUUUCCCGCCAUUAUCAUGCUUGUCUGCUACUACCUCAUAACGCGUUCUCUGCGGCAGCGGUCUAAACAAUUUCAACCAAAGACGAUCGGAUCAGUCGAUCUCCAUCUGGACCAAAAACGUGCUGGUCCCUCGCAGAGUCUCCUCGCAGCCCGCAGUAAGGUCAUCAAGAUCAUGUUCGUCGUUAUCAUCACGUUCAUCGUCUGUUGGGCAGCGGAUAGCACCGGGCUCCUGGCCUACAACGUAAGACUGGUUGAUCGUUCGUAUCUCUACAGCCACUUAUACCACGUCUUUGUCAUCAUAGCUUUCUUUAACACGUGUGCAAAUCCACUCAUCUAUACCAUCAGUUACCAAGAGUUUCGUUUGGCAGUACGGGACUUGUUCUGUGGCUCUGGAGGUGUUCGAGGAUCGCUGUUCGGUAAGGAUGAGGCUGGUAAUACGGAGAUAAACAGCCAGAAUGACGCAACGAAGAAAACGGUCUCCAGCUAUAUCUAACAACAGUUAGAUGCAAAUGUCUUUUUAGCGGAUUGCGCCAUAUUGAUAAGAUAUUUGGUAAAUCACCAACUGGUCCACAGCAGCUUCGUUUACGUCCCGUUUCGUCACAUCCAACAUGGUGUCAUCCAAGUUCAUCUACCGAACAUUUGAUUUAGCUGUCAUUUAGCCCAUUUAUUAUUUGUCUAAUUUGCAGAUGGGAUACACCCCUUGCGCGUUUAAGGCUGAUUUGUGUAUAUGGUUGGAUAAACGGCAUAUGAACCAAAUUCUCAUUUGACUAAGUCAUUGAAAUAUAUACGAAGUGGAAAUAAGAUCAGCUGGGAUUUAGACUAAUUUACAAGAAUAAGAGAGUGUUAUACUAAGUGCAGUGUAGACCGAACGACAAUUAGACCAAAUUGAAAGUAGACCAAACUGGUUUAGCCCAUACGAUAUUUUUUUUAGGAUAUCUGAUCAGAAGUCUAAGUGAAUUCAAACUGUCGACUCGCCUUUUGGUAAUAUUUUUUUAUCUUGAAAUAUCAAUGCACUUUAUAACCAGAUUUCAUCACCUAGGUCUGAAAUAUUGAUCAAUUAAUAAAAAUAUUUAGUUCUCAGAAAAGCAUAAUUAAACUUUAAAAUAGGGUAAUGUUAUUUUUGUUGUUGUUGAAAGGUAGGUCAGUUAGCACAGAUUUGACUCUUCAAACUGUAAUUGAUCUCAUAUGGAAAGGUUGAUUAUUUUGCCGUAAAUAAUAUUCAAAGGCUCGAUCAUGACGAUCAUCGAAUGGAGUUUACAAGUAUUUCGGAGAGAUCUUAAAAUGCAAAGUGAUGAAUCAGUGAGAACCUCGUUAUAAUUGAAGUAGAUAGGCUCUUAUCAUGCUUAUAGAAACAUGUUUGAAGAGGAUGUUUAAAUGUAAUUAAUUGUAAUUUUAGACCGAAGGAGAUUAUAAUCAUGAAAAAGAAAUUAAUAAGUACUGCGUAGGCCUACUACUAAUGGUAUUGUCGAUGUUGUAUUUACAACAAUUUCUACAUGAUGGCUACACGUGAGGGGAGGGGGGUGGGGUAACCCCUAUGUACAUGUAUUUCAAAGUGAUGAUAAAUUUAAAAAAAGGGGGGAAUAAAAUAUGGGAACAUUUAACUGGCUCAAUUCUGCAUGUGCUGCAAGGAGUUCGUAAGAACCCAUACGUUAUUUUACCUGUUUGUGCGUAAAAUCGACUAUUUUAAUAAAACGUAAUAGGCCUACAUAGUUACUAAAUGGUUCGGUUGAUUAUCAUUCAGUCAAAUCAAUUCAAGUUGGGCUUCUGAAAAAUUUGGGCUAGAUGCAACAGUAUUGUUGACUAUUUCAUUUCUCCUCUGUCAGCAGUUUGAUAAUACAUCAAACUAAACGUAUUGCAUCAAGCAAGUUUAUAGACCUCAAAGAAUAAUAUCUACUUUGGACUAGAAAUCGUGUAAUCAUAAAAAUAAUUUCCGUAGGGAAGGUUUUUCUUUUAAAUGAAAAUAAUGGAGCUCACUUGACCAAAAUGUUGAUGGCCUGAUGAUCUCACUUUCACACUCGACUUACCUAUCAGGGGCCGCGGAAGCGGGGGGGGGGGGGGGGGAUUCAGCCCCCUUCUUUUUUUUUCAAAACCGUGUACAAAAACGUAAAAAUGACCAUAUGAUUGUGAUUUUUUUGCAUGGUCAGCCCCCCCCCCAUUUUUGGCUCAGCCCCCCACUUUGAAAACCGUUCCGCGGCCCCUGCCUACAAUAUGUAAAACAGCGUCCAUGGCAAAGAAAUAUGGCCAAUUAUGGUCAAUGUUUUAAAUUAAUUUGCUUAUCAUCACAAAAUGGAUUGUUUCCGGCAAUUGGGGCUAACAAAAAAGCGACAAGCUUAAAAUAGUGUAACAUCUAAAUUCUGACGCCGGUGGCUUACUUGGACUUUAUUCCAAAUGUUAAUUUUGUGUUUUCUAAGUUACUUUGUAAGGGUGGGUGAGUGUGUGUAUGGAUGCGCGCGUGAGGGUGUGCGGGAUAGGGGUCAGUGUGUUUGGGAGCGUGUGUGUUAGGGUACAGUUUUUGUGUUUUUGCAAGAGUGUGUCUUCCUAGGCAUGUACCCCCCAUUUACGUCAUUUAAAUGUGGACUCAAUAAGGAUUUUUAUUUUUUGCAAUGCAUAUUUAAUUAUUUAGGUUUUUGCUUAGUGCCAUUUUCUACAUUUGGUUAGCUCUUUAGACAUGUUAGAUUUUUUUGAGGUUGACCUCUGCAUAUCAUUUCUACUUCACGUGAAACGUUCUCGAGUAGUUUGUAAAAGUUGUGAAUAAAAUAUACAUCGUUUUACAA